CAGAAAGCAGAAUGUUGCACGACUGACUCACUAUUGGAAAAUGUAAUUACAGCAGAACAAACUGUCAGAACUGAAGACCUCUUCAUUGUGUUAGAAACCACUGCUGCUGGGAUCGAGAUCGAGAAGUAUGGAGGACUCCAGCCUGGUGAGAUGUGACAGUCUGGAUGCUGGGUCAGGGUGUAACAGGGAGGUGAUUGACCACAUGACCUUUGACGUCGAGGGCUCUGACCUCAUAGCAAACCUCGAGCCCUCACCAGCAGAACUGGCUCAGUGUGAGGCUGAAGUAGGGACGCUGCUCAGCAUCAUCGCUGAACUGAACAAGAAGAUGGGCUCAUUGAAGCCCCCGAGUGAACCAGGGGACUUGAGACCACCAGGACCAUCCAGGCCUUUGGUUCCUGACCUUCUGUCUCACAGGCUCGUCAGACGAAGCCCAGAGAGACAAUCUGCUUCUGCUGCCGCAUCGAAAUCUGCACUGACUGACAGAGUGGGCGGUGGUGUAGUGUGGACAAAGCUGCAGGAGGUGUUAUCAUCAGUGGAGGACUCCAUCAGCUGUAGAAGAAACUGGGCCGCCCCAAUCACCACCUCCGACCACGAGAGGCACAAAGAGCAUCUGAGAGCAGCUCAGGAGAGUCGGGUCAAAGCGGCUCAGAUAUUAGAGGAGAUGGAAAAUGAGUUUGGGAUUUCUUGCCCAUCGAUCUUACCAAAGGAGCUUUAUCAGGGGGAAAUCCUGGAUCUGGAGAAACACGACUCUGCUCUCAGAGGCAUCUUGCACAGUCACCAGGAGGAGCUGGGUAGAGCACAGAGCACCAUCAGCCAGAUGGAAGAGGAAAGGAACAAGCUGGUGAGUAUCCACAAGGCCUGGCGGUCAGGCAGCCGCUCUCCUUCCUUCUGGUCCGGGACUGGAGCCCUCAGUCCAGACUUGGGCUCUCCUCCCUUCCCUGGUUCUCCUUCCUUCCCCGGUUCUCCUUUACUGCGCAGAAGAACAUCCAGAGCUCUUACACCUCUGUCUGCUGCUGGAGACGGCUCUCCACUGGGCUCUGUCACCUCAGGAAGCCCCUGUCCCAGCCCCAUCAGCCUGGAGACCGAGACAGAGCGACUACACAGGUACAUCGAGAGGCUGAAGGCCAGAAACGAGCGUCUGACAGCAGCUCUGGAGCGGAAGAAGGGAGAGUCGGAGCAGAUCAGCGUUACUCUCAGCAGACUCGAGUCCGACUGCUCUGCCCUGCAGACGGCUCUCAAAUACUGUGAGGAGUGUGAAGAGGCCUACAGUGAGCUCCUGUCACUUUAUGAGGCCCAGAAGCAGCAGAGCAUUCCUCUGCAGACGGACCCAGCAGAAGAAUUCGGUGACAGGCAGCAGCCCGACAGUCCAUCGUCUGAGCUGAGAAACAUGGGAAGUGAUGAGCUGUCCACCUCCUUCUCAACAGCAGGGGUCACAGAGGAGACAGAAACACAGAGUCACACAGGGCAGAGGUCACCUGAGCCGGCGAAUCGAGAGGCUACUCUCCGUCAGCAGAUUGAGCGUCUGAAGAGGGAGCGGGCGGCCAUUAGCCUCCCUAAACCGAACCAGCAGCUAGAGAGCCAACUGAGCCCUGAAACCAGUCACCCAGCUGGGCCCGGAGGGGGACACGUGACCAGAGACAACUUCAGACCUCUUGAUGCCAAGAAAGAGAAGGCUUCCCUCUUCUAUGAACUCGUUUCUGUCAGGGAGGAGAUGUCAGAUCUGCGAUCUCUAAUCCGCCUCAAAGAGAAGGAGCUGAGGUGCCUUGAGUGGAGUUUAAUGGCCCAGAAAGCUCAGGAAGCAGCUGGAGUCUUUGUGCCAGAAAGUCUCCGAGAGGAGCAGGAGGAUCGUAAGACGGAGAAGCAGCGGUUCUGUGAGGCUGCAGCUAAACUGGGUAGUGACGGGGACAUUGUUGAAGCCCGAACCAGAUCCAUUCUGAAAGAGCUGCAGGCCGUCCUACAAAGGGAACAAGCUUUGAAGAAGAGAUUAGCUUUAGUCCAUGAAUCAUCGAACACAGCUCUCUCAGACAGAAGAGACAGCGGAGAGUUUGCAAGGCUCACACAGGCUCACAGUAAAGCCUUGAGCUCAUAUCGGCAGAUUCGCAGGAAGUACCGGGAGCAAGUAUGGAGGCUGGAGCAGAAAGUGGCGGCAAUGUCGGACAGUCACCGCAACCAGAGUGGAGCGUCCAAAGCUGCAGGGGAGGCCGUGGAGUGGAGGAGGGAAGAGACUGUUCUGUGAUUCUUCAGUUAGAGAACCAGCACAGCUUAAUCAUACAGUGUGGAUUUAUACUGUGUUCAAGUCACUUAUAAAUAUAUAAAAAUAUAUAUAUAUAUAUAGUUUAUAUUCUUAUAUAUCCUUAUAUCCUGCUGAUUGCCUGUAUUGAUAGUGUAAAGGAACAUUUAUGACCAAGCACAAUCUGUUUGAACUAAAACACAAGAAGCUUUGUAUUCUUCUUGUCUAUGUUGAUUACAGCAUUCAAACAUUCACAGUGCAGAGAAAGCAUGUGAGCCCCUGAGGCUGAUGACAUCCAGAAGCUUACUGGAGUCAGGAGUUAGCAAACCAGUCGUAAGUGUAGAUAUUCAUCUGUGCAAACUUAAACAGCAACCUGUUUCUUAAUGGGGAGGAUUUAGUACCGUGGCUACUCACACCUGUUUCUCAGGAAUGUUUCAAAUCGAAGUUAUUUUGUCUAUGGGCUCUUUUACACAGAGCAUCUAUUGCACUUCUGUCCAUCCUGGGAAAAGUGGAACAUCUUUGUUUAUGAGUCCACCAACACAAACUGGACAUUAUUUUUCUCGGCCCUGUCUCUGUCAACCCAGUAAUGACAUGUGAAGCAGUCGGUUGAGGCAUUGAUUGGCUCUGGAGAGGUAAAUAUAGAGCAGGUGGGGCAGUAGAACAUGGAAACACAGUGAAUUCCCCCUGUUCAACCCCUUGUGUGAGCUCCCAAUAAACUGAACAGGAUUCCAGAGCUUAACUUGUCUAACAGGACUCACACAUCACAAGACACAUUCCUUAUUUCAGAGAAAUAGCUGUCAUGCCGGCUUGAAUGUGUUGGGCUGACUCAAGGACUGAACCCACUGAGGAUCGCGGGACUGACCUCCACAGCGCACAUGUCCUUUCCUUUUUUUCCCAUACAAGCUGACUCAAUAAAGCCGGGGCUGGCCGGCUGUGCUUCCGUGACAAUGCUCCGAGAAAGGAGGGGGAUGGGGCCCGGGACAAUGGCUGAUGUGCACACAAAAUGUACGGCCAGCCCAUUUGUCUUCUUUGCACUUUCAUAGUUCUCUCCAUCUUGAUCUCUCUGCUUUCACUCACUGGUCAGUUCAACCAAAUUAUAGAUAAAAAUCCCCCCUUUCUCGUGAUAUCCAGACAUGCAGAUGUACUUUUUAACUCAUGGAUUUGUCACAGGUUGCAUGUCUGUGAGUUGUAUUCAGUGGAGCUAAGAAAACAACACUAUAUGCUGAUUGAAAUGAAAGUAUUCAUUUUCAAUUUUCAAAGUCUCUGCAGCCUUGUAUGGGUCCCGAACCUCAGGUUGGGAAUUGUUGCAUUCAUUUUUUUGGUGAUUUCAGGAAAAUAUUGAAUAACAUCUGCUUUAUUCCACCACCAUGACCUCUCCAUGGACAGAAUUCCUCUGUCCAUUAGUCUGCUUUUUUGUUUGUGUAAUCUCAUUUCAGAUUAUACAAAAACGACUAAACAGAUUACCAACAAACUUGGAACGGGUCAGGGAAAAAUCCAUUUAAUUUUGGUGCAGAGCCCGGAACUUUGUUUUUUAAUCACUUUCUUUGACACUGAAAGAUUUUUGACAUUUUCACUGAUUUCCAACAUAAUACUUCAUGGAUGUUAAUGGAAAAAACGAGGCAAAUUAUAGAUUAUUAUGACAUAUUAUAACUGAGUUCUAUGAGUGUGUGCAUUUAGGUGCAGCUUCGUUGAACUUAAGGGGACUAUUGGGAAUUGGCGGAGUUAUGCGCUCUGCUUAGUGCCAUUCUAGUUAUAUGUAGUAUACCACAAAUGUCAAACUCAAUUCAACUUGACCGUCUUGAAUGAUGCAGAUCUCUUAACAAAUGGACACAACUAGUAAUCUACACCACAAGAGGAAUCUAGAACUAGUUUGUUUUUGAAUCGACCCUUCGAAGGCUUAUCUCUACUCAUCUCCUCAUAUCCAUCUUCUUCUAUUUACAUCUCACUGAUACCUCAAUUUCUCUGCCUCUUACCCUCCACCCCCAUCUUCUCUCCUGGCUCAUCUCUCAAUCAUAUCAGUCCUCCCCCCCCCCCUCCAGCCGACCCUGUGCCCUGACCUACCCGAGCCGGUCAGCUGCAGCUGUGACCGGCGGUCAGGAGGUUAAGGCAAAGGUUGAGUGUCACACCCACAGGGUCACAACGAUGCCUGGCUGUUGUGUUAUCCUGUGAAUGGAAGGUUCAGAGUGCCAGACGAUCUGGCGAGUCCCUGACGCCCUGACUCUUGCCUGAGUUUGCCCUUUCCCGAGCAAAGGUCAGCGCGCGGGGCCUGUCCUCUGCACUGCCCCCAUACCUCCAGGUCACCAUCGCUAUUGUUGUAAUAGCUGCCAUUAGAGCAGAUGAUACAAUUAUCGGUCCAUUUUGUGUGUCCUCUCUCUGAGGUCUGUGUUGAGCCUCUGAGUUCAUCAAAGCUUUUUAGAUGAGAGGACUGCUGUAACCUCAGGGUGACUCUUAUAUCAAAGGGGACAGAAAAAGGUAAAAUAAGACAAAACAGCAUUGAACUUACUUGAAUGAAAGUAUUUAGUGCAACAUCAAGUACAGCCUCAUGUGUGGUCAUAUAUAAUUACCGCUCCAUCCCAAGAUUUCAACAGUGUCACUGCCAAACUGUUACAAUAUAUACCUCAAUUAUAUGUGUGAGUGAUAUACAGCACUAUCAUAUUGUAAGAAUAUUACUGCUCAUGAUUAAUAUGACCAAAAGUGUUAAUAUAUAUAAAUAAAAGCAGAAUUUUGCCUUUUUUUUAAUCUGGUCGAGGUGAAGCUAAUUUGAAUCAUA